UGACGUUGUGCACUGUGCCACCUGCGGUUCUGAAAAAGGGGGUAUCAAGUUUGUACCUGAGCUGCCACAAAGGAGGCUUGAUAGUAUGAGAAAAUUAGACUUUGGAUUGUUAAACAAGGUUGAAUUGUUGUUUCCUCAUGUUUUUUGAGCACCGACCUUGAUACCUUUGGACAUCUGACUGAAAUCCGAGUUGCUGAGGGGAGUUCUUUCUGUUCUAUAGCUAUGCAUGGCUGGUCGUCCGUUGUUUAUGGCAUUGGUUGCUGGUGAAGCUGCCCACUACCUUGAAACCACGCCUCCAACUGACGCUGUCACCUCAGUUCUUGAGAUACCAAGGGGUAUCUAUGAAGCAACAAGGGGUUGAGGUACCAAAUCCUCUACAGAGCGUUUGUACUAGAUGGAGCACAGAGUCUUUCAGUCUGGGUUCAUAUCCGCACAUUGCAGUUGGAGCAUCUGGAGAUGACUAUGACAGGCACAUGCUCUUUCAGUCUAGGUCCAUAUCCGCAUGUAGCUGUUGGAGCAUCUGGAGUUGACUAUGACAUAUUAGCCGAAAGUGUUGGAGAUGGGUGGUUGUUUUUUGCUGGAGAAGCCACCACAAGGCGUUACCCUGCAACAAUGCACGGACCUUUUAUUACGGGCGUACAAGAGGCUGCUAACAUCAGUAUCCAUGCCACCGCCCGAGUAACAAAGACCAAAGUGGAAAAAAGCCCAUCUACGGACGCUCAAGCUUGUGCUAGCUUACUAGUAGACUUGUUUAGGUUACCAGACCUGGAAUUUGGGAGCUUCUCUGUCAUUUUUGGGGGAAAAAGGCUUGGAUCCGAAAUCUCCAGCUAUUCUAAAUGUGGAAGUGUGGAACUAGGUGGCCCUUAGAAAAAAAGUGCAACUAGAGGGGAAAAAGAGCAGCACUUCUCAAACAAAUCGUUGUUUCAGAAGGUACAAUCACAUUUUAACCAACAGCAGCAGCUCUAUAUGUGUACAUUACUAUUGCGGCAGCAGGCUAUGGAGGCUGCACUGCCUCUGUGAAACACUUAGUUGGCAGGAAAAAGGUCUUGGUCCCGGGGCUGAUGCUGUGAUUGCUUCCAUUAAGACCGGAACAGCAGUAGAACUAAAUCUGGCCCCUCGAAGCUGAGAGUGCGGGUUUCUAAACCCCAACAUUUACUAAAUCGUGAUCCUGACUGCUGAUUCUUUUAGGAGACUGGCUGUAUAUAUAAAUUGAUACAGUUGUCUUUGUUGUUCAAUUAUACUUGUGCUUGGAGAUUCAUUUGGAUGGGGCCUCUCCUCAGAUGUGCUCACAAUCUCAUGCCGCAUACUAUAUUUCGGGCAUCUGACCACAUUGCAACUACAUAUGCUGAGCUCAGAGAUGGUACUGCAAAUGCAAAGUCUGGUGGAGGUACCCUUCCAAUUACUGCCAGGAAACUGGAAACAAUAAUUCGUCUAUCUACUGCCCAUGCAAAGAUGAAACUGAGACACGAGGUUCUGAAAACUGAUGUCGAGGCUGCACUGCAAGUUCUGAUUUUUGCAAUAUUCCGCAAGGAAUUGACUGGCAUGGAAGACCGUGAGCAGAGGGAGACUGAGAAACAACAAGCUGAACAAGAUGCAGGUGCAGGUGGUGAUAAUGUAGAUAGGCCUGGAGGAGCAAGUGGUGGCUAUGCAGACGGGUAUGGAAGAUCUGGCAACGACCCAAUGGAUGUGGAUGUAGGCUCAGGCAAUGCAUCAAAUGAUCAGGAUGUUUCUUCAGAGAAUGGAAGCAUUUGAGGCAAUUCUUGGACAGCAUGUGCUGGCAAAUCAUGUUGAUCAAAUGUCCAUUGAUGAAGUUGAGCAAACAGUCAACCAAGUAGAGUUCAUCCUGGAGAUAUGAAAAAAGGAUGCAAGAUGCAAACAGGACAAUGAUUCGGGAUGGCAUUGUUCGCAUCAUCUAAUCACAACAUGGAUUGACGUUGGACAAGCUGACUGUGGCAUGCAUUGUCCUGAUCUAUUCUCAGCUUUGUCUGAGGUCCUGGAGAGGUUUCGCUGAAACUCUGCAUCUGUAGCUGAGCGUCUUGUUGGUGUGCUUUGUAUCUUGAUUUUUAUCAGUGAGGUUUAAAUUCACAGCACUUCUUUAUUCAUAUAAUGUACUGUACUGUCUGACCUAGUGCUAUUUAGUCCCUGAUUAUGUC